AUGAAAUAUCUUUCAAUACCUGAAGAAGAUGAAGACCCUCUUUCAUGGUGGAAAACUCAUUCUAAAGAAGAUCCUAUCGAGUAUGGCGAGAUAUAUCGGCAAAUACUAUCACGAAUUGGCAAGCAAGAUGGUGCAACUUGUUAUACGGCGACCUUGACAGAACCUGACCGUCGUCUCCCUGGUCAAAUUUCAAGUGAGACGGACUUCUGGGAAAAGAUUCAGGCUAUCUAG